CAUUUUACAAUUGUUCGUCAACAUAAAUUGUUGUAAAAAAUUCUAAUAAAAAGAACAAAUAUAUAUUGAAGAUAACGCCGAAUAAAACUACCCAUUUGGCAAUAAAAUUAUUCGUAAAUCAUUUCCAAAACUUUAAAAUAUGGACGCUACUAAAGAUCAAGGCUUGGUCAUCAAACUAGCACAAAAGAACAAGGAAACUCAAACAGUCAAGCUGGGUAGUGGCAAUUGGUUUGGGGCCCCGCAUGCUGCAGGCGCCGGAUAUAAUCGGAUGCCGGCAUAUAGCCGCAUCUCCUGGCAGUUCUACAAGGAUCGCGAGGAAGAGCUUUAUCGGCGCGCCUGCCAUUUAAAGGGCAUUCGUGUGCGACGCGAGGAGGAGGAAGAAGACUCGUUUGGUUCAGAAGAAGAACCAAUAAAGCCGCAUUAUCGUUACACAUUGGAUGAGAUGAAAAGCUAUAAUCCCUAUCGUUUCAUCAAUUUAAAAAUCUAAAGCAACACAAACUAUCAAUUAGGCAACAGCAAAAGCAGCGAGUACACAACUACAGAGACACAGAAGUGAAGCCCCUGUUCAGAAUUAUCUGGGUGUUUCCCCCUCAGAGGCUUAAUUAUUUUUACACUUUUUACUGCUUUCACAUUUUCCAAGAGUGUCAAAGACAGAUUUUCAAAUGUAAUACUACUCGUACGCAGACAAUUAAGAAUACUAUUAAAUGUUCAAUACAAUUGAUGAUUGUUAAAAA